AUGCUACUAAUAACCAUCUCCCUUGCCAUCAUAUCACUCAACUCGGUCUCAGCCUGUGGCCAUGACCUCCAUCUCUAUCGCCGACAGCGAAGUACCACUUGGCAAUCCGCCGCCCAAUCCCUCGAUCCAGCGGUCGAGUGUGCCCCUUAUAGCUAUCCACCUGUCCAAGCCAUUGUAAAGAGUUACCCAGCCAUUUGGCAAAUCGCCAAUCUAUCUCAGCCCGGUCUAGAUCCCCAAGCUCUUCAGGUGUACAGUCAAAUCCAAUCCAAAAUUCCCAAUAUCGCCGUCAAGGGAACCCCGACCGGCGACUUCACAGCCACCACGCCCAAUUACCCUCGCACCGAUCCCGACUGUUGGUGGUCAUUCGGGAAAUGUACCACACCCAAAUUGGCCGGAUUGAUCCCUGAUAUAUCGACUUGUCCACAGCCAAACACCUUCGGUUUCACGUUGGACGAUGGACCCAAUUGCUCACACAAUGCCUACUAUGACUUACUUCGUCAGACAAACCAGAAAGCAAGUUUGUUUUACGUCGGAUCGAACGUGAUCGACUGGCCCUUGGAAGCUCAGCGCGGGCUGGCCGAUGGGCAUGAGAUUUGCUCACAUACUUGGUCUCAUAAAUACAUGACCGGUCUGACCAAUGAACAAGCCUUUGCUGAACUUUACUUCAGCAAGAAGAUCAUCAAGGAUGUCCUCGGAAUCACCGUCCAAUGUUGGCGCCCCCCUUUUGGGGAUACCGAUGAUCGCAUUAGAUUCAUUGCUGCCAGCUUGGGACUUUCGACCGUGCUGUGGGAUAAUGACGUCAACGACUUUAGGUUUGCCACUUUGGGCCAGGCUGUAGUCAAUGCUAAUUAUCAAAACCUUUUGGAUGGGGCUGCCAAAGGACUUUUCAAUGCCCAUGGAACCAUCGUCUUGUCCCAUGAAUUGAACGAUGGAACAAUGAACACGAGUGCAGCAUACUUGCCGAAGAUUCAGCAAGCCUUCAAGCAUGUCGUCCCAGUUGCCGUUUGUCAAAACGUCACCCAGCCUUACAUAGAGACUAGCUACACCUACCCAACCUUUGCCGAAUGGGCGAAAGGUACUCGUGUCAAAAAUAUUCCAGAUCCUGUGCCCAAUCCAGGAGGACCACUCCAAAUCCCUAGCUCGCCCAAUCAAGGAUCGAGCUCAUACCCUGCCGGAGCUGCUAAUACGGGCUCCGUUGCCGCCGCUCGCAGAAGCCUGGCAGCAUCAGUUUACGGGCCCCCAGUCGAACAGCUUUUCCUUCUUGGUCUGUUUACCCUGACAAUCGCUGGCUUGCAGUAA